AUGAGUUUACAAACCCUAACGAAGAGCAUUCGAGACAAGAAUGGAAAUCGCGUAGAACAAGUCGAGCUGGCACACAAUUUAUGCCAUAACAAUAUUCCGACUUACUUUCCCAAUAAAGAAGAGUUUGUGGUAACAUUCUUGUUAGACAGACUUAAAGAAGACACAAAAAAUGGACAAUAUGAAACGUGCCUGAACAAUAAAUACUGGGACUUACUAUUAUUUGUAUGGAAUUCAGAUAAAAUCUCGAUCAGUUUUAAGGUGAAUUCAGUUCGAAGACAACCUAUUCUACCAAUUAUUAUCGAUGUACUUGAUGUCCUGAGUACUCGAUUUGACAAGUCCAUUUUUCUGAGUGUAUGCGAAAAUUUUGUUACUAUCUAUAGCUCUUCUGAUAUUCUGUUUUCUUCCAGGUCCUUCCCUGAUCAAGUAUCUGACUUAUUAUCACGGUUCUGCCAUAUCUUUGCUCUACAUCGUAACAAUGCUGAUAAUGAUUUUGCGGAUAAUCGUAUUCAGAAGGUAUUUUGCAAGCUUAUUUCGUCUUCAUUGCGUGCAACGUCCAAUACUCUGAAAGCUAGUGUAUAUUUUUUAAGUCAUUCACUGAAAGGGAUCUUGCAGCUUCUUUCAAGUGCCGAUGCAGAAAAUAAGAAUUACGAAUUUAUCAAAAGUAUUUUGACAACCUGCAUACUUAGUCCCUUCACGCUGGAGGCGCUAGUCGCCAAAAAGGAGAGCAAUGAAGACCUCUAUUCUCUUUUUCGAAACAUUCCUGUUGAUCAAGUGGAUUUAAAAUCUAUUCCACGCCUUUUCAAAAUCUUUUUAGAUUGUAUCUCCUCAUUUUUGUCGGAUUCAGGGAAGCAUAUUUCACAGCAAAAAGCUUCUGAUCUCAUUUAUAAGCUAUAUGUUGAACAUAUGAAAUUUCUUUUGACUAAUGUAACGGCUUCCAAAGCCACUGUUUUUGAGGCUUUUCGUAUGCUUUGUGAAAUGCUUGAAUCCGAUAAGGUUCAUCGAGGAAAUCCCGACAAACCGACUUUCGAUACUUUGGUAACACUUGCAAGACUAUGCAUGGAUAACUUAUCCACAGAAGAUAUUAGACCAACUAUUUGGAAUAUUUUUGCAUCCUUAUUGAAUAUCGAUAUUGAUUCAGUUUUGCCAUUGGCGAACGAACUUUGGAAUUUCAUUGAUCUUUCUAAACCAGAAGAAAAUCAAAGUAUCCUUGUGUACUUACAAAGAUUAAUUAAUGCCCAUGUACGAGCAAGAAGCUUUUCCGACUUUUGUUCUGGUUGGAAUGACUCAUUACUUAGAUCAACCAGCUUACAUACAAUAUAUUUUGGUCAUGAGCUUGUGCGUAUGGUAUCUGCAUCUGUGGAAAUAGCGUUUACUCCUUCCUCUUUGAAUGAUUUGAUCUCAAAACUGUUAUCUUCCGUUAUGAACACAACUUCAGAAUCUCGUUACAAUCCGCUUCUGCUUUACUACUCUGUCCUUUAUGGAAUUAAAUCGCGUCAUUACGUUGAAUCCAUUGAAGAAAGGUUGAACGAUUUUUAUCAUCAAAUUUUUUUCCCUUGCUUGUCCACGGAUUUUAAGGAUUUGAAAAAGCACUCUAGAAAUGUUCUGUUAAUGUCUCAUUAUGUCAACAUGGAUAAGUCACCUUCAUAUUUGAAAACCACUUAUUCUGAAACCGCUCCUGUACUUUUAAGUUUAUUAGACAGUGUCUCAGAAGAAUCUGCUGAUCAUACAUGGUCCUUGCAAGUUCUCAUAUGUUAUUUUGAAAAACUACGCCUUAAGGAGGAAAAAUUAUUUGAUGAAAAAACUUUCUCUUCGGUUAUAAAGUCUUCAAUUUCCCGUUCAGUACUAUAUUUGGAUUCUCAAGGUCUUUCUGACUUGAUGGAGUUGACAGUUGUCGAUACUUCUUCUUGUGGCUUAACAACCACCUUACUGCUUAGAUGGUUACGGCCCAUUAACCUCUAUUUAUCGAGGGAUGAAGUAAAAAGCUGGUUGUUAAAAGUUUGUGGAAAGCUAUUAAGGAUUUCAUUUUCACCUAAAACUCAAGAUGAGACACUGCUUCUGGAAGCUUGGAGAUUAUUUCUGCAAAGUUCUGAGACAUACGAGCUCCCUGUGAUUUUUGAUGGUCUUUUAAGUACGUUUUCUCGUCUUAUUUAUCCCGAGGACGUCCCUAGUACUUCCGAUGUAGUCAGUGUAUACGAAUCUAAUAAGGAGAUUACUUUAAAAUUUACCCCGGAAAGCCUUGAAUUUGUUUUGAACUGUUUAAAGUAUCUUCCAUUAAGAUGUAUUCAGAAACAAUAUCGUGUCCGUAUACUGAACAUCUUGUGCUCCUUCAGAAGGAAUUUACUAAUAGACCAGCCUGGUACUAAACAUUCAUUAUACUCAGUGCUGGCAAGGCUCGUGCAAGUUCCUUGCUCUGCUGCAUUGUAUAACUGUUACCAAAUUGUUUAUCAAAUUAUCAAUGACUUAAAUCCAGAGACAUCGGAAAAGUACGAGAAAGAUAUAAAGCUGACGAUCAAAUAUUGGAUUGCGCACAUCGAUAGCGAAAAUAAAACUAAUGUACUGAAUAAUCUUAUAGGAUUCUUUCUUGAAAAUCAAGAGCAGGUGCCUAUGUAUGGUAUGAGCAUUUUCUUAAAUGAACUGGUGCAAUAUUUUCCAAAUUUUCGACAAGUACCGAAGGAUGAAGAAGUCGUUUCCAAGAUCAGACUUUGUUCAGGAAUAAUUUUGAAUAAGGUUUCGUAUAUUUUGGAUAAAUUUGACAUUUCACAUAUAGCAGUAUUGACAAAAUUAUUGGAAUGUUGCAAUUCCUUUCUGCGCACAUUUCAACCGGCAGAAACCGAACAAAAAUUAUACCAUAAGGUCAGGACAAGUGUUGAGGCCGCGGCCUCUUCGUUGAAUGCUGCUGACUUUGAUCUUUCAUUUCUCGAGGCAUGGAUAUCGUACCAGUCGUUGCUGGUUAAUGAUAAACUCGACUUUUUGAAAUUGAUUGCACAGUUGGUUUUUUAUCGAAGGUUACUUCAUGAAUUUACUUUAAGAAGUACAGAUAUCGAGAGUGCUAUAUCUAAGUUGACUUUAGAUGACUGUUCCGGCGUUAUUGCUGAAGUUUUGUCAGCCAUUUUACAUACUCAUGAUGCGUCAGAUCACUCAAUUUUGUUGAAAGUUAUCACCUUGAUAGCUAAGUGCUCCGAUAUCUUUGAAGUCAAUAAAGGUAUGACUACUUUGGUACUAUGCCUUUGUUCUGGACUACUUACACAAAGGGAUGAAACUGAUGUGACCACCAUUCUUUCUAUAUUGGACGUGUUGGACGUUUUUGCAAACAAAAGUUCCAAGGUAUGCAACGUUGAUUCUUUUAAUUUUAUCUUAUCGAGCCUGUCCUCAAUAUUGAGUCCGCAAAAAUCAUUGACAUCUUCAUAUGACGAGAAUUUGAUUGUUUCUAGAAUUAUUUCCGUGUUAAGAGGAAUGCUUUAUAACCAUCGUUCUUACAUGAGCGGUCGCUUUCAUGUGCUUUUUGGCAUUCUUAAAAAAAUCCUACAUUGCAUGUUCAAGAAAACCACAAAUUCUUUCUUUAAGGCUGACGCUGUACUAAGUACGCCGAAAUGGUUUAAGUCGUCAAUGGUAAUUUCUGAUUAUAACGUAAUAGCAUUUUCAAGGCUAUUAAAUACCUGGAUGAAUCCAAAUUUAAUGCAUGAUUCAAAUAAAAAAGCAUCUACAUUAACAGACAGUGAAAGGCAAUUUAUUAAAGCAUCAACGAAACAUUUCGUCUUUCUUUUAAUCGAAUUUCUUUCGCUUCAGGUUGUUUUUAUGAUUGAUCUGGACACAAAAGAACGCCUUACAGAGACAUUUUAUUCGGUUUAUGGUAACUUGUCCACUUACGAAAAGCAUAUGGCUUCCACAUCAAUGAAUGCUCCAACAAGAUCUUUGUUCCACAAGUUUGUUGAUAAUUGGUCGCGUUUUGCAAAAUGGCAAGAAUCAUAA